AUGCAAGGACUCCAUCACCAACAACAGCAACUCGCGGCGUUUCUCUCCGUCGCCAUCCCCAAGAACGAUUCCGCCCUCGCCUGGGUCGACUCCGCCUACAAGAUCCGCUCCCGGGUCGACAAGAUCGGCGGCGAGAACCCCACGUGGAACGAUCGGUUCCUCUUCAAGGUCCCGUUCGCAUUUCUCUCAAGAGAGACCUCCCAUGUCUCCAUCCAGAUCUACGCCGUCGGCUGCUUCAGCGAUCACCUCGUCGGCACCGUCCGACUUCUGAUCAACAACUUUCUCAACGUCGCGUCCAAGGUUCCGUCGGCUGCUUCAGCGAGACCUUCUGGAAGAUUCCAAGGCGUGUUGAAUGUGGCCGCGAUGGUGAUCGACGACUCGUACCUGGCUCCGGCGGUGAGCGAGUUGUCUGCGGUCGGGUACCACGACCUGAUGGGAAAGGGAGAAAGCUUCCGGUGCCGGCGACGCGACAUCAUGAAGAGCAAAUCGAGUGAUUACCCCGGCAAUUCGAAGGAAAACUCUUUCACUAAGUCGGCGGAGAACUCAGACGUCUGCGAGUCGGCGGCAUCAUCUCUGGCGACGCCAUUACCGCCUCUGAAGGAAGUGAACACGAUCACCGAAUUGGCGGGAACAACAAGGCAGGUGUUGAAGGCUCGUCCAAUGGACGGCUCGCGUUUCCUGUGUUGCUUGCUGACGCAGAGGAAGAUGCAAUACUGUCCGUCGGAUGAGAACGCGGAUGGAGCCCACAGCAGAGAAAGGAGGUGUCAGAGAUCUGGCUGCCACAAGGGUGCUGAAGAACUUGACGGUGUUUGA